UCGAAAGCGGUACCACCGUUCCCCGCGGAACAGUGAGCAGCUCCCCCCCGAGGGGCACGCCAAAUGGGAGGCGGUGUCUGGGGGUCGCGCAAACGCACAGGGUCACGCAAGCGCACGGCGUUUGCGCACGCGCAGAACGGCUCGUCCGCGUAGCUCCGAUUUUGCAAAAACGCCUUGGGAGAGGUUGAGCUGCUUGUACAAUGUCGGAAAUGAACGAGCUGUCCGAGCUUUAUGAAGAGAGCAAUGACCUGCAGAUGGAUGUGAUGCCUGGCGAGGGUGACCUUCCGCAGAUGGAGGUAGGCAGCGGGAGCCGGGAGCCAUCCCUGAACCCCUCCCGCAACGGGGCCCCGCCACAGCUCGAGGAGGAAGGCCCAAUGGAGGAGGAGGCGGCCCAGCCAAUGGCGGAGCCGCAGGGGGAACGAGGCCUUGCUAACCGGCCCAGCCCUGGGGAGCAGCCAGGUCUGCUUGCGGGCCCUGACUUCGAGAGCGAGGACGAGGGCGAGGAAUUUGAUGACUGGGAGGACGACUAUGAUUAUCCGGAAGAGGAGCAGCUGAGUGGUGCAGGCUACAGAGUAUCAGCGGCCCUUGAAGAAGCCAACAAGAUGUUUCUGAGAACAUCCAGAGCAAGGGAAGCAGCCCUGGAUGCCGGGUUUCAAAUGCAUUAUGAGAAGACCCCGUUUGAUCAGUUGGCUUUUAUCGAAGAGCUUUUUUCACUUAUGGUUGUCAAUCGCCUGACCGAAGAACUCGGCUGUGAUGAGAUUAUUGAUAGAGAGUAAUUACGUGCUGUUAAAAGAGGAGGAAACUACUUGAGGAGAGACCCAGCAUUCCCACUGUCUUUUGGGUUCAUUCCAGAUCCAGAUCGUACCGUGCCAAUGAAAAACUUCACCCUCAAAAAAAAAUUUUGUGUGUUGUUGUUGUUUUGCAGAAUAGAAUAGGGCAGUGACUGCACAGUUAUGAAAAAGAAUUGUUAAGGAAGAAGAAAACACAUCUUAGGACUGUGGAAAUCUGUUUUCAAGAACGUUCCUGAAACACCUGUGGCUUUGACUCUGUUAGUGAUCAGAUUAUUUUCCUUGCAUUGGAGAAAAUACCUUUCACAUUUCACUGUAAGGGAUGGUUUUGCAAGAAUAAGCUAUGACCAAGACAAACUACCAGUACAAGACCCCAGUGAUACUAAUUACAUGAGAAAAUGUAACUAAUACAUCUAAUUUAGGACACAAUAUGUCUGAAUCAUUUGGACUGAAAGCCUACUGAGAGAACUCUUGAAGAUUCCACUUUGUGGUCUGUCCAAGCCAGUGAUCAAAGGCUAAAUUUUUUGUGUAAAAUAAAUUGGGUAUAAAGCAAACCCAAAAAGAAAUAUGUAUCAUGUGUGCUAUAUCUCAAAAUGUGUUUUCAAGAGCAUCUGAAACUUUGUACAUGUAUCUUGAUCAUUCAUAAAGCUACUGUGAUCUGUAAUUCAAGGAAAUUUGUUGUCUUACCAUUUUUAAAACUCAAAAACUAAGACAUCCAUAAUAAAAUUUCAAAUUUAGACAUUAAAAUGUAUGUGAAAGAACAAAACAAACUAUUUCUAAUACUCUUACAUAAUAGAGAAAUUGUUUUAUUCGCUGUUUUUCAUUUAACUUUACAGGUGAAAGACUUUGGUUGAACUUCAUAGCCUAAGAACUGUUGAAGUGAACAUGUCAAGUAAAAGGAAAGCCCUACAUCUAAAAAAAAAAAAAAAAGACUGAACAAUUAUGCCCUCAACCUUUAAAAGUUUUAAACCUGCCCAGAAAUCCACAUCAGUAUCUGAAGUUUCCCUCUGUCUCCUCCUCUAAUUAAGCUUGUUAUUGGUUAUGCACCAGCAUUCAAGAUAAUAAAAUUUCUUGUUCUGUGUA